AUGAUGCGGCCGCUCCUCUUCAUCACCACCCUUUUGGGUUGGGUAUCUAGCGUUGUUUCCACCGACGAUGGUCUGACGGAUCUUGUGUCCUGGGACUCCUACAGUCUCUCAGUCAACGGUACAAGAGCAUUUAUCAACUCUGCGGAGUUCCAUUACCAGCGGUUGCCCGUGCCGGAGCUCUGGCUGGACAUCUUUCACCGAUUCAAGGCAAACGGUUUCAACACCGUGAGCAUAUACUUCUUCUGGUCUUACCACUCUCCUUCCAAGGGAGUCUUCGACUUCGAAAGCCCAGGGAAGGAUAUCCAACAGCUAUUUGAUUACGCAAAGGAAGCAGGCCUCUGGGUCAUUGCCCGUGCCGGAAGACCUUACUGUAAUGCUGAGACAAAUGGAGGCGGUUUGGCUCUGUGGGGCUCUGACGGCAGUAUGGGUAACCUAAGGACAAGCGAUGAGGCCUACCAUCAGGCUUGGACUCCCUGGCUGCAGAAGAUUGGGUCAAUAAUCGCGGCCAACCAAAUCACCAACGGUGGUCCCGUGAUCCUCAACCAGGUCGAGAAUGAACUCACGGAGUCAGUCCAUUCGGCGGAUAAUACCUUGGUCAUAUACAUGGAACAGCUCAAGACAGCUUUCCGCGACGCCGGCAUUGUCGUCCCUUUCACACAUAAUGAGAAGGGUAUGAGGGGCCAAUCAUGGAGCACGGACUAUCAGGAUGUUGGAGGGGCUGUCAAUGUCUAUGGCCUCGACAGUUAUCCCGGAGGUCAAUCUUGCACAAAUCCCUUAACCGGAUUCAAGGUCGUGCGGACAUACUACCAAUGGUUCCAGAAUUACAGCUAUACCCAGCCCGAGUAUAUGCCAGAAUUCCAAGGAGGAUGGUUCAGCGCUUGGGGGAGUGGCUCCUUCUACGACACAUGUACUUCUGAGCACGACCCAGCCUUCCCAGAUGUCUACUAUAAGAAUAACAUUGGCCAAAGGGUUACGCUACAGAACUUCUACAUGACAUAUGGUGGCACGAAUUGGGGGCAUUCAGCGGCACCAGUCGUAUAUACUAGUUACGACUACAGUGCUCCGCUCCGGGAGACUCGCCAACAAUGGGACAAGCUGUUCCAGACGAAGCUGGUGAACCUUUUCGCAAGCUCCUCUCCAGAUCUUCUUAAGACGGAAAUGGUGGGCAAUGGAACUGGAUAUCAAAGCAGUACACAAUCUACUGCGAAUGUGACGUUUUCGGCUACAUUGAACACGAGCUCCGGAGCAGUCACUGUGCCAAAUCUCUCGUUGCUUGGCAGACAGAGCCGUAUCUUUGUCACAGAUUAUGCCUUCGGUGGCCAUACCCUGCUAUAUUCCUCGGCUGAUGUCGCAACCUGGGCCACAUUUGAAGACGCCGACGCUAUAGUAUUCUACCUCAAGGAGGGACAGACUGGCCAAUUCGCCUUCAAGGGCGAGCCAGGCCUCACUUACGAUGUGCACGGGAGCUCUGCUCUCAGCUCUUCCAACAGCACAACAGGCGGUCAGACUUUCACGUACGUCCAAGGUUCAGGGGCAACCUUUGUUAAGUUCUCUAACAACGUACUGGUAUAUCUCCUGGACCAACCAACCGCAUGGACGUUCUGGGCACCAUCAACAAUCCCCGAGGUAUACCGCUCCCCCGGCCAGAAGGCGUUCGUCCUAGGACCAUACCUCGUCAGAAGCGCAUCGAUUAGCGAUGGCGCCCUUCACAUAUCGGGCGACAACGAUGUGGCAACGACGUUGGAGGCUUUUGUCGGUGCAACCCCUAUCACGAGUAUCGUUUGGAACGGUCAAGAGCUUAGCACAAGCCAGACGGCCUAUGGUACAUAUACUGCAGAUAUCCCAGGCACAGAAGCACGCUCAGUAUCACUGCCUUCUCUGGACUCGUGGACCUCGGCGGACUCUCUUCCAGAAGCGCAAGCCGACUUUGAUGAUUCCGCCUGGGCCAUCUGCAACAAGACCUCCACCCAAUCCCCCAUCAAGCCGUACACGCUUCCCGUCCUCUUCUCAUCUGACUACGGGUAUUAUCCCGGCGCGAAGCUAUACCGUGGCUACUUCUUAGGGUCCAACUUCACAUCCGUAAACAUUAGUGCGAGUGGUGGCCUAGCUUUUGGCUGGAACGCCUGGCUGAACGGCAUCCUUAUCGGCGGCGACCCGGGCAAUGCCUCGCUCACAACCACGACUCAAGUCCUCGACCUUCCGCUGUCCGCGCUCCAGAAGAGCAACGGUACCAACGUCUUGACAGUCGUUGUAGACUACCACGGACACGACCAGACAUCGACCGCCAAGGGUGUCGAAAAUCCAAGAGGCAUCCUCGGCGCGCAGCUGCUGCCAGGCACGACGACUACCGACACCGGUUUCACACUCUGGAAGAUCCAGGGCAACGCUGGUGGCAGCGCAAACAUUGAUGCCGUCCGUGGGCCGAUGAAUGAAGGCGGCCUAUACGGCGAGCGACUAGGCUGGCAUCUGCCAGGCUUCUCGCCUGUGUCGUCAUACCCCCCCUCACUCGGCGGGUGGGAUGCCUCGACGCCGUUCGAUGGGCUAAGCACCUCAGGUAUUCGCUUCUACAUCUCUAACUUCACAUUGGACAUCGAGGACGACCUUGACGCACCCCUCGGCUUGUCUUUCUCCUCGCCUGCCGGGACUGUCGCGAGGGUUAUGUUCUGGAUAAACGGAUACCAAUACGGCAAAUAUGAGCCUCAUAUCGGCCCACAGACUGUGUUCCCCGUGCCGCCUGGCAUCAUCAACAACCAGGGGUCCAACACCAUCGCGGUCAGCAUCUGGGCACAGACAGACGAUGGCGCGCGCCUCGAUGAAGUCAAGCUCGUCAACUACGGUCUGUACCAGACAGACUAUGGGUUCUCGAGGGAUUGGAGUGCGUUGCAGCCCGGGUGGGCGGACAGGAGUGAGUAUGUAUGA